AUGGAUGAAGAAGAGAGUCCCUAUUUGUCCGGUUUCUUGACGAUCAGAUCACAGAGUGGUUUUUCGUGGCGAGUAACAAAAAAGGUUAAAUAUUGUCAACUGUUUAAAGCGAGCCGCCACGGGAUCGAACGGCUUGAAAUCAGCGACACCGAAAACGACAAAACCGCACGCAUCGUAACGCUUGAAAAUUGCGUUAAGAUUGUACUGGAUCAGCCACCUCAAAACACGAUCAACAUCGUUUCGAAGACGGGCCAAAUACAGCUUUACUCGCCAGAUGAACUGCUAGCCCGUCAGUGGACCAACGCGUUGCAGAUUGUAGCGUUCAAGGAUAAAUCGAAUCAAGCCCCGACGCCGCCGCGGCAAAAUACAAUUGAAGAGGAUAAUGACUUGUACUGCUCCUCGUACAGUGAAGGUAUCUACACGGUAACUCUUAUAGCAACUGAUGCCUCCAUCAAGAAUGGCAUCGAACCGAAGAUGUAUACACUCGAGCUGGGCCAAAUUGAUAUGCGACUGAAGUGUUACGAGGACGAAAGUAUGACCGUGGCUCUUUGGCCUUAUCGGUAUAUUCGUAAGUAUGGCUACCGAGAGGGCAAGUUUACGUUCGAGGCUGGUCGGAAGUGCAACACAGGUGAGGGUACGUUCAAGCUAGACAACGCUAACCCGCAAGACAUAUUCCGUUGUAUGCUGACUAAGAUGAAAUCAAUGAAGAAGAUCAUCUCGUCGUCGUCAUUGGAACACGAGGCACAUGGACUGAGCAGCCAGCUUUGCGCAGCUUUAGCCAUGGAACCGGGUUCCCGAAGUCCUCUACCGGGCAUCCACUGUGACGACGGUGUAGCUACCCUGCACCUGGCUUCGAUCGAUACGAUACCCGCGAUACACGAUGCUGCUGCGCAGCACGGAAAAACGGUUACACCCACGAAACCACCUCGCAAACAGGGGAUGCCUAUUGCUGGAGGUAGUGUAGGGGACCAGCAGGAUUCAAAGCUUGCGAACGUGUCGACGGUGUUUAUCAAAACGGGCGGGAACAACGGACUGCAGUGUACUGGUGGCCAACGGAAUCAGUCCAUUUUCGUACCCAGUGCGCCUGGACCAGCUCACGAGGAGUCGAUGGAUCGAUGCAGAGUUAAGGAGCUAGACUAUGAGUGUGUUAAGGACAUUACUGAUGCAUGGAAGCUGUACGGAUUGAAUGACGUUAAGCACACCGAGCCGUCACACGUACCGGAAACACCAAAAAGCUCAUUUGGAGCAGCUCCAGUUCCGACAACGCACGCAAAUGGAACGUCCGGGAUUGACCAGGUUCAGCGGCUGGAGUACGAUAGGUUGGAUUUUUUCCGAACCACCACCCGCCACUCGUCAGGCGACUACAAAACCAUCGUGCCUAUCCGGCUACCAGGCCGUGAUCAAACAACCGCUUACACCCAACCAGCGGCUUCGUCAUCAGUGCCGUCGGAUGAUUAUGAAAUCAUCGGCGAACCUACCACGGGAACUACUCCACAACCCCAGCAGCACAAUCCGUCCUUGCAUGGGCCUCCAAACAGCUACGGUUCCAGUGGUACGGUCCGUCGACUACCAGAGGAGGGCUUUGAAUUUUUAGUAUUCAACGAGGAAGAUCAGCGCAACAUUGCAGCUACCAUCAAUUACGCGACCAUUAGUAAACCGAAGCGAGUGUGAAAUGGCUAAUUGUUGAGCUCAGGUCAAGAAAAAACCGGGAUUAUUUUUUAAAUAGCACGAGACGAAGGGAAAAAGUUUGAGAUAGCCUUAUCAAAGCGUGGUUUUUGUCAUAUAAACAACGUGUGUGCAUAUUUAUGCCUUUGAGCGAAAUGUAAUCUUGCUGGUUGUAACCCAUGUCCACAGCAGGGCUUUUGAAUACGUUUUUAAGGCUAUCAAAAUGUGAUAUGACUGUUGAAAACCGAAGUAUAGAGACAAGUUCCCUUAGUCACUGAUCGUGGCACAUUUUACAAUAUCUGAACCAUGGUUCCAGUUACCGAUGGCGAAAUCAUUGGGCAGAAGCAGGACAUAUUUCAUUGCUUACGAAGUAGCACACUCGUUAACAAUAUAACAACUUUCCACGAGUUAGUAUGUUUAUGCACGGUGGUAAAAGACACUGGAUGCACAUACGUUUUCCGUAUUUUUUACGAAGAACGAUUUGACGAAACCCUAAAACAUAAUAACGAUUUUUUUAAUGCUUUCAUUAGGUUUAAGAAUAAGAACCAAGCUAAAAAAGCGAAUUGCGGCAAUCAAAAGUAGACUAAAGGCCGCUCAUACUGUAAGCCAUCUUAGAUAUGUCUCUUUUAUUGGAACUGAACAUUCGUUGGCAUUCCUGGUUGUUCCUAUGCUAGGUUGGCAACGCGCGAGCACAUUCCACUGGAUUAAUUCCCGUUGCAGUGUCGAUCUGGUCAUCUUUUUUUUGUUUUGACGUGGGUCCAGGAUAUUCGGAAAUUUAAGAACAAAAGUUAUGAAUGCGAAAAAUAUGCAGAUUGCUUAGCAGUUUUGUGCCAAUAAGCGUGAGAAUAUUCAACUUCUUCACAAGCCACCAGAUUUAAAGCGUAUUAUCGUGGAAUAAGAAUGAUUUUACAUAUUGUUUCAAUAGGCUAUCACUAUUUGUAAAAUGUGCGACCAGUUUUGCACUUUGUGCCAUACAGUCUGUGGCAGUUUCAAAAUAACAAAAACAAACUACUUACGUUAAGCUAUUUCGAACCGCAUUGUAGUAAUUGUAGUUUUUUAUCCCUAUCGUGAACGGGCUUUUCGGGUAUAGCGCCGGUAUCCGCAGCCGGUGCACACCGAAUAAAGAAAAAAUGUAU